AUGUCUCAAAGACCUCUAGCCGAUCUGAAUCACAACAACAUUAUCAAUUUCAAAAUUCCAAACAAACAGGACCGUACCAAACAUGAGGCCCAAUUUACCCAAAUGCUCGAUUCUAUGGACAAGGCCGAGGAUAAUUUCGGAGUGCUCCUUGCGGCCGCCACACGAAUGUCGAGCAUUUUCGCAAAUUUCAACCAGUCCACUAGAUUUGACACUGAAGGUGUGAACAAUUUGGUUCAAGAUCUCAAGAAGAUUUUCGCACUUCUCCGCCUGCGCCUACGUCGAGAUUAUGGUUUCGAAGCGCGCCCCGGCAGAAGAGUCGCCACACCUGGUGAAAGACUGCCGGACAGGAUUGUCCAGGAUGCCUACCAGAACCUCUGUCCCCUGACGACAUUGUUGCAGUCAGUUGCACAAAGUAUUAGUGAUUUGAAAGUGGGCGUUCAAUCCGGAUCAACACACAAUGGUUGGGGUGCUAUCGACCCGCUUCGCAGGGUCCUCAACCGGAUGGAAGAAAAUUUGUAUCAGGUCGGCGGCGAAUACACUGGCUUGGCACAAUGCAUCAUGUUCCAUGAGAGGAAUUCACGAUACAUUGUCACGUCGACUGCACCUCGCUACAAACACAUCAACGGCCUACAAAUAUACGCGCUCGGCCUAUGGCACAACAACAUUCUCAGAAUGAGGAAUGUACUCCCGCCGCAGUCCCUUGAACGCGUUGAGAAAUUGGAGGACUAUUCCGAAAACCUGAAGAAAGUAUGGGUAAAGCUACCAAAGGAAGGGAGAAAGUGGACUGGGGCUGCGCCGCCGGUCGUGGAGUCCAUCAUGGGCUGUAACGCGUCAUUCGGGAACACAGGAGUCUACAUGACGGCUUGCCUCUUGGACCACCUCAGAUUCCAGAUGACCCGGCCCGAGAAAGCGGAUAAGAGUGAGCGCAACGCAGGGAACAGAGACGUCCACGGUCCGUUCUCAUGUGCAGAGUGGGAACUGUACAUCACCUUGUUGAACGACCCGGACCCAGACCAGCCCUAUGCUCCUCGUGUUGUUGCCAUGAGCUAUGGCAUGCCAAAGGCGAGGACGUGGGAAACACACAAACCCGCCCAACGCCCACCUACGACAACAAACGUUCCGCCCAGACCGUCCCCACUGCCAGCUUACCCUAAGCCAACCGCACAGAGAGUCGGCAUGGGUAAAUCCUCAACGUUUGGAAACCAUCCGCAAGCACUGCGACACGAAGCCGCCGGCCAGGUCAUUACGAAAAGACCAACCCCGCCGCAGAAGUCUCAUCCACAAGGCUACCACACUCAAGCUCCAAGACCGGCACCUGCUCCAUAUACUCAACUGCCGGAGAAGAAAAAGGCCAAGCCGAGAAGAUGUUGUUUCUAA